AUGUAUGUAUAUAACUCUGGUAUUGUGGAAGGGGAUAUCCAGUGUCACACUGCAGGGUGCUGCCACCUGGUGUGCUUGAGGGACAUAGAUCUUGGCUUUGUGGUGGUCAUAGACAGACGCAAUGACAAAUGGAGCUCUGUGAAAACCAUCCUGCUCAGGAUAUCUACAUUCUUCCCAGCUCUUAUCCAAGUAGCAUAUAUAGUCAAGCCUGCUGGCUUCUUCCAGAAACACAUCUCCGACAUUGGAUACAAGUCUGUGAAAGAAGAUUGUAAAUUUGAGGUUAUAAUGUGCAAUAAUGUCCAGGAGUUGUACAGUCACAUAGACAGGGACCAGCUAACACAGGACCUGGGGGGCCUCAUAGCCUACGAUCACGCCGAGUGGAUACAGCAGAGAGCCGCCAUAGAAAAAUUCUCUGCUAACACCCACCAUGUCUCAGGUCAGCUACAGCAAUGCACAGAACGCCUCAGUGAAACUGAGCUCCCCAACGAUGUCGCAGGGACGGAGGCUCUUCUACGAGAUCAUGGCCUGGAGCGUAUGGAGGUGAAGGAGGAGUUGAAAAGCGUCGUAGAGCAUGGAGAAACAUUGCUCAGUUGUAUUCGUGAGCCAGAGCUGGAGAAUGGACAGGCAGAAAUGGUGCUAAGUGUGUCAAAAGUGGUGCAUGUGACUGCAGUAGAAAGACUUCUUGUACAGUUGGAAGAGACAGAGAAAGCCUUUGACAAGUUUUGGGACCAGCACCAUAAGAAACUUCAGCAGUGUAUGCAGCUGAGGAAGUUUGAAGAUGAAUUCAGACAGCUGCAGUAUGUUGUAGAAAGACAUCUUGAGAAAUUAAAAGAAGAAGCCUUAGAAACAGAAAACUCCUUGUUGAAAAUAGAGAACCAUAUCACAGAUAUGAAAGAUUUUGAGGAAAAUACGAAGAAUGAUAUCCAUAGGGCGGAGCAGCUCCGUAUGGAGGGUGAGGCAUUGAUAGAGGACCAGCAUUACGCUGUGGAUAGUAUUCGCCCCAAGUGUUUGGAGCUGCAGAGAAUUUGUCUUCAGUACAAAGAAGUUGUUCGCCAAAGAAAUGAACUCCUGAGAAAGAAGAGAGAUCUGUAUGAUAGACUGGAAAAGGCCAACAAAUGGUGCACCAGAGGCGUAGACCUGCUGGCAAUGCAGGACAUGACACCAGAUGGCGUUGAUGUGGCCAUCAAAGAAAUCAGUGGCUAUCUCCAGUUGUCGAAGCAGUUGAACUUGAACAACCCACGGGAGUUCAGACAGACUUUUGAAAGUGUGCUUACACCAGAAAUAAAGAAUGCAGUCCAGGAAGGUCUCAAGCGUAUUGAAGACAUACAGGACAUGUGCAAGAAGAGACUGGAGAACUUAAAGAAGGUCAAGGUCAACUCAAGGUCACCCCCUCAACAGUUGACACCACCGGAAAAGAAAGAAGCCGUGCCAUUACGUAGCUCAGUGUCAACAGAAGAUCUCCAUCACAAAAGGAAGAGAAAUGGAGAAAUUAAGAAAAAUGGAGGAACUCACCUCAGGACAAAAAUAGAACUAGUCAGACAAGAUGGCAAUGAAAGUAGCUCAUCACUGGAAAGUGAAAGUGAAAGUCUUCACAGAGGGCAGCAGAGUGGUGGAGUAAACAAGACGACCCCUCCAGUCAGUCCGCUGGCGGAUCUGGAUACACUUCACGCAAAGAGGGGUCAUGUGAUGAAGGAAUUAAUAGAGACAGAGAGGAUAUAUGUGAAGGAACUCAAGAGUAUCAUUGAUGGUUAUGCUAAACUGAUGGAUGAUCCAGAGAUGCAGCAUCUUAUCCCAGCACACAUCAAGGGAAAGAAGAGGGAAAUAUUUGGAAACAUUGAAGAUAUUUAUACAUUUCAUCAUGACGAGUUUCUCAAGGAUCUAGAGAACUGUCAGAAUACACCAAGUUUGGUGGGAAGGUGCUUUGUAGAUAGGAGAGAAGAGUUCCAAAUGUACAGCUACUAUUGCCAGAAUAAGCCUAGGUCAGAGGCACUGAGGCAAGAGGCAGGCGAUCACAAUUCAUUCUUCAAGGAAUGUCAGAGGCGGUUGGACCAUAAGUUACCAUUGGGUGCCUACCUGUUAAAACCAGUCCAAAGAAUUACCAAAUACCAGCUUCUUUUAAGGGAAAUGCUUAAAUACACUGGCAAUGACAUUGGGAGUGUAGAAAUCAAGGAUGCACUGGAUGCUAUGCUAGGUGUGGUGAAAUACGUGAAUGACAUCAUGCAUCAAAUAGCAAUCACAGGAUACAAGGUACUGGCCUCUCUCUGA